UUGAGCUCUGCCUUGGCCGAAUUAAAGGCCUUAAACGUCGAUGCUAUUGACCGCGAGGGGCUAAAAACAUCUGCAAAAGCCAACCGCAGCCCAGCCAAAUCAUCCAUGCUGUGGAUCUAGCCUACGCAUAAGCAGUAACCAAGAUACCGAAGAAGCCCUGCCAAAGGCACGAUGCACCGCGCCUUCGGCGGCGACCGCCCGGCGCCGCCCGCCGAGGGCUACGUGUCCAUCAGCCUGACGGCGCCCGAGGCGUCGCAGCGGUUGCUGCGGGAGUGCGCGACGAGCCGGAUGGUCCACGUGACGCGGUUAUUAGCCAUCGAGGGCAUCGAUGUGAACGUCAAGGACGCGCGAGGGCGGCCCGCGUUGGUCGUCGCGGCGACGCAUGGUGUGGAUGCCGUCGUUACAGCAUUGAUAGAAGCCGGCGCGGAGAUCGACGCGACGGCGCCCGACGGUACGUCGGCGGCGUUUGCGGCCUCCUCCUUCGGACAUGCCGACGCUUUAAAGGCUUUGGUGUCGGCCGCUUGCGACGUCGACAAGGCGAGGAACGAUGGGCAGACCCCGGCCUACGCCGCCGCGGGCGCCGGCCACGGCGAAGCUUUAGAUUUACUCUUGGAGGCCGGUUGUGAUAUAGAUAGAGCAUUACCAGGCAAGGCAGCGACACCUCUACUCGCGGCGGCGUUCAACGGCCGAGCUCGUGUCGCACGAGCACUCCUCCAAGCCGGCGCCGACCCUAAUAAAUGCGCCUCCGACGGCACGUCGGCAUUGAUGGUGGCCUCGUGGCACGGCGACGCGGCGGUUGUCAGAGCUUUGUUGGACGUCGGUGCUGAUGCUUCUAGAGUUAGACAGAUUGACGGCGCCACAGCACUCUAUUUAGCUGCUCAGGCGAACCACGUGCCCGUCGUCGAACUACUUCUUGAGAGAGGCAGAGCCGACCCGUCGGCGCCGGGCGGGCCCUGCCGCAGUACGCCAUUGAUCGUCGCGGCCGAACGCGGACAUGUAGCUUCCGUACGAACGCUACUCACGGCGGGAGCGAACCCGAAUGCCGCGGACGCGACGGGCUGGACCGCCGGCCACGCGGCGUGCCAGGGCGGCCACGUCGCCGCUCUGAACGCUUUGUUGAGCGCGAGGGCGGAUCCCAAUGCGCGAGCGGCGCCCGACGGCUGCACUCCUGCUUUGAUUGCUGCCCAACAAAACCACGCCGGGUGCUUGGAUGCUCUUGCUGCUCGGGGCGCGGAUUUAGAUGCACCUUACUUGACGGGGCACCAGUCGACGCCCUUCAUUAUGUCCGCGCAUAAUGAUGCUGCCGACGCCGCGCGGGCGCUGGCGGCUCGAGGCGCGGACGUGCGACGGACGAACGCCUAUGGUGCGACCUCUGUGGCCGUCGCGGCGGCACUAGGUCACGCGGACGUGCUCCAGGUUCUAUUGAGGGUCGAUCCGCGGGGCGCCCAAACGGUGGAUCAAAACGGUGCGGCGCCGCUGCACGUGGCGGCGGCGCGCGGGCGGACGUCGUCCGUCGCGGCGUUGUUGAGGGCUGGGGCGCCCGCCGAUGCGACCUGGCGCGGGCUCACACCAAUAGACAUCGCGCGGCGGAACGGCCACGGCCACGUCGUGCGGUUGCUCGCAACUAGAGCCAUCGACGCGGGGGUCAGUGCGAACGAGGUCACGCCCGACGACGCGCCGCGGCACCUGCGGUCGCCGAUGCCGUCGCCCUGCGCCGCGGGAAACGCGCUUCCGCCGAGCUGAGUGCCCUUCCCGCUCCGGUCUAUAGCUGUGUUCUCUCUUU